UGGCAUUGACCAACAGGUUUGGGGAGUUUAAACAGUAUUUUAUCCAUGCAGCUGUAAUUAUUGUGGUGUCCCAGACCUUAAGGAAUAUUCAACAAUAAUUUCAGACACAGCUGAAACUGUUCAUUUUAUUUAUUAAAGUCUCUGGAAAUCUGGGUUGAGAUGUUCCAAUGCAGCCUUCCUAUAGAAUUUAAACUCUUUCUGAGCAUCUAGAGAAAAACUAAGUUUAGAAACUGUGGAAAAGUAAGUAUAAAAAAGCUCACCUUUAACCAAUAAAUAACAUUGUGUUAAGGUUACAGUCUUCAUAGCUCACAUUCAGCUGCACACAGUGAGUCAGUUCCUCUCUCAGCCACAAGAUGCUGCAGAUGUUCUGUUUAUACUUAAUAAGAGGCCUCUUCACUAAUGUAAGCUUGUAUGUUUGAUUGUUUUUGAUUGGAGUGGUAAGACUUAAAACAAAUACAAACAAGAACGCUUCAAACACACACAGUGCAGGGACGUAUCCUGUUUUCAUUUUAGAGGCCUAACCAGGACAGAGGCUGCAAAUUAGCCAGAGAUAGAAACCUGUAUGUGGGGCCUCUACUCUGUGUACACUAUGAAGCAAUGUCUCAUGCAUUUGUCCUAUCAAAAGUAAAUAUCAAAAUAAAUGUGUGCACAACAUAGUUAUCUUGGUGACACUGGGUGUGUGCACAAGACAAUUGUAAUUAUAACUUAUGAUUAUAACUUCUUCCCACAAGACAUAUUAAGCACUCAAGUUGUUUUCUUACACAACUCAGUACUGUGUGUGUGUACAAUGUCUGAGGUUUUUCAAUAACCCCAGAACCAGUCUGCAUAGCUAAGGAUCAGCACACCCAGGUCCACAACCUUGAGCGCUGCCCAGUUCUUGGAGCACCUGACCCACCUGCAUAUCCCUGUUUUCCUUGCUCUGUAGGAGCACAAUCUGAUGGAACAUUUUCUUAUGAGUAUGAUAACUGAUAAUGCAUUUAUUAAAAAUAAUUCUCAUGAAGCAUCUACCAAGAUUUCAGUGAAUAUAACCACUCAUAAGUGUCCCUACAGGAAAACUAGUCCAGAAACAGAUUAUUCCGAUGUUUAUGAUAUGUCUUGCUCCUUUGUGGGUGUUGCAAAUCACACUUUGAUGAGCUUAUGUAUGACUGAUGUUUGUGACUGUAAUGUGGUUGUAAGAAAACACUCUGGUAGUCUUAAAUUUGGCAUAUGAAUAUAAAACAUCCAGCAGGUUUAACCAGGUCGAAGUGCCUUGCUCCUGAUUUUGCAGACCUCAGCAGCAGCAGCAGCAGAAGGAAUUGACACACUUUAUUGAGAUUUAUAGGGCUGCUCUGUUCAGUGACUGAUAGGCCUUUCACUGAGACCCCCGUCUUCCUCACCUUCCCCAUCACUUCUUGGACCUGGACAAGGAGAGCAGAGAAAGAAAACAGAAAGAGAUAUCAAUCUGUUGAGAUUAAACAUUUUGUAAAGGAUUAUAAUAUAUAUAUAUUCUGCCAUAAAAUUGUCACAUGGGACUUCUCUUUAUUUCUAUGAGCAUUUAAAGUUUAAAAGAAAUGUCACCAAAACAACAAAAACAACAUGGGUUGGGGUGAAAAGGAAACAUCAUACAGAUUUGUCUCCUCCUGAAACUUUUCAAUAUUCUUCUUAUAUCAAAUCCUCUUGUUUCCAAACCAGUUAGAAACCUGAAAUAGAUACAGAUACAGAUAUUUUUGUCAUCGUUUUAACAUCCAGCACUGUCUCUCUUUUAGUACAGAGUGAAAAUAAUACAAGUGUUUCUUUGUUUUAGACUGCAGCAUUAAGGUUGAGGUGUAGUUCAGGUCACACAGGGAGCAGCUGAGGACAAACAGUAACAACACAUGACAGUUAAAAUUCACUAACUGCUGUGUGUGUGUGUGUGUGUGUGUGUGUGUGUGUGUGUGUGUGUGUGUGUGUGUGUGUGUGUGUGUGUGCGUGUGUGUGUGAGUGUGAGUGUGUGUAGAGCCGUGAUCUUUGUGUGUGUGCAGUGACAUUUCCUAACUCACCCUCUCUAGCUUUAAUUUCCUCCUCUGCCAUUGUAAAGCAUCUUUUGCUUUUAGAGAACUAAGGUCUGGCUAUGAAACAGGUGUCAGCAGGUGAUCUAGGUAGUGGUGGUGGUGGUUUAAUGCUGACUAAAUGCAGAGAUGAAGAUUUUAGUCUACUUCUAAUAACCUGAUCUCUUUUUUUUUUACAAGACAGGUAAAUCUAAGUCCUGACUCAACAUGGAUCUGUGGUGCUGUCCGUUGUGCACGGAUAGAAAAAAUGUUUUUGAUAAUGAUUUGAUUGUGUUUUAAACUGUUUUAAAUAAUGUUUUUUUCUUAUUUAUUUACAAAAUGUAUUACCAAAAUGUAAAUUUGAAAAAUUUAAUUUAAAUUAAUUUUAAUGUUUGAUGGAAGGUCUUCUAAAAUAAAUUGUGUUGUUCUGUGAUUAUAUCAGUUUCUUUUUUUUUAAAUUAUUGUCUUUUUCUUGUUUUCCUUUUUGUUUCAUGUAUUCAUAAAUCUUAGAUUUUUACUGAUUUCAUUAUAUGCAUUAAUUUUAUACAUUUUAUUUGUCUAUUUUUUUAAUCAAACUUUAUUUCGUUUCAUUUUCGUUUUCCUUUCUUCUAACCUCUUUUAUUUUGAAGAAAUCGACCCGGAAGCUGACCUGCGCUGUUUCCUGCAGGCUGGGCUCAGCGGUUAGCUUUGAGCUGUGGUUGUAUUAUGAUGUUGCUGUAGCCGCUGUAUUACUCUGAAACAGAUGUGCUGUCAGUUCUGGGAGUAUGCUUGGAUAAAAUGGGGCAGUGUGAAGAUCUUUGUUCAUCUUUGGCUGUGACUUCUCAAGGUUUGACUCCGUCAUUUUCUUACGUUAACUGCUAAGGGAGGCUAGACCAGCAGCUAAGCUAAUCGGAGCUAGCUGCCCAAGAAAGGAUUUCAGUGGUUUUAGCAUUAACAUGGUAACAAGCUAAGGGGAUUGGACAAAUGCUGAUUAAUUACAUUAAAUCAAAAAUGCCAGAGCAAAGCUGUAACUUUGAGUUUAGCUGAUGUGUAGGAGAUUAAUGUUUGCCCAUCUGCUUUCGAGGUUGGAAAGUCACGUCUGUGUAGCUCAGCCUCCGGGAAUCAUGACUGGUUAGUUUGGUUAAAGAGAUCUUAAAAAUGUCGUUUUAGAAAGAUUUAAAGCAUACAAGUAACAGAAUAACUUAGUGUUGUAGUAAAGUUAACCAUGAAGCUGACAAACAUGGUGUGCUCUUUACAUUGACAAAGCUCACACACUUGAUGUCAAACCUGCAGUUUUGCUUUAGUGUCAGAUGCUUCUCAAAGUUUGACUUUAUCUUUGUUAGAAAGUGUUGGAGAUUUGGAGAUGGUUUCAACAGUAUGUAUGUGUGUCUUUGCUGAAGGUUAAUGAAUUGCUAAUGCCGCGGUGUCUUCCUAUGUAGCAUUAAGCAUGUUAACUAGCCCUCAGUCAGGCCAAUGGUUUGGGUUAUUUUGCCCUGACACUCUCAGCUCUCUCCUCUGUGUUUGGAUCACUAACAGUCUGGUGUUCACAGUGUAAACACUCAGGACAGGCUCACCUGUGUUUCAAGAGCUGUGUUAUUUACAGGUCAACACAGGGAUACACACACACACACACACACACACACACACACACACACACACACACACACACACACACACACACACACAAUGAGGGCAAUAUCAGCUUCAAUUUCGAGAAAAUCAGAUCACUGUUUUGACUCUUGAGUUUGUCCCAUGAUAUUUCAUCACCUAGUGAGAGACUAUGAAAUGGUUUAUAGAAUGACUGGAGUUAUAAACAGACUUAUUCCUUCAAGUCACAGCCUCACAGCUCGGAUUUACCCUAAUUUAUUGAACAAAGGGCCCAAACUUUGGAUUCCAGGCUGACUGUACAUGAGACUUUAAUCACUGUAUAAACAUUUUUCUGCAUAAGAGAGCGGAAACUUUUAUCAGGGGGCAAGAAGCGUGGUAGCGGGUAUUCUUGUUUCAUGUUAAAUAAAUAAAAGGUGCGUGCAGCAAAAAGGCCGAACUGGAACAGGAAGAAGAAAGAAAUGCUGUAGUUGUCUCUGACAGGGGAAAUUCAACAUUUUUGUCUAUGUUUAAAUCUUCAAACAUGCAGUCCACACCAGAGCUGGGUAUAACCGCUGAGUCGUGGAUCAAUUAGAAUUCAAUAUGAUUUCAAAUUGAUUCAGUUUGGUUUCAUUUAAAAUAGUUGUUAUUGAUUUGACAGAAAUACUGUAAGAGUCAAAUCUCAGAAGAUGAGAUAAUGGCGCUUUUAGGCCGAUAUCAUGUGAUGUUUUUUAAUUUCAUUCAUUACACAUCUAUUACAACAGUGUUACUAGCUAAGAUAAGCUAAGAUAACCAUGCAUACUUGAUUUUAAUGUGCACAAAAUAAUGUGUUUAUCCAUGACUUUAAAUCACAGUAUUUACAGUAGAUUUUUGUAACUUCUUUGUAAUAUCAGCACUACAUAUCAGCAAUUGUCUGCACUAUCAAUAUCGGCAUUGGCCACUGAAAAACUGUGAUUGGUACACCUCUACAUAAAAGCAUAAUGACUUCCUUAAUAGAAGUCUUGUAGUUGAUUGCAUAUGUGCCCUGUUUAGCAGACACCACAGCAAUGUGACGAUAUAGAGACACCUUUUGAUGUCGCAUCAUAAUUUAGUUUCAACUGUGAGUGUUUCAAGAUGCCAAGUGGAGAAGCAGUUUUUUCAUCAUUGAGGCCAGAGUAUAGGAGUGUAGUAGGACAAUGUUCGAUCGUGACAGAUUAGAGUGUAUCCACAGUCUGUAAUCCAGAGAGAUUUCAGUGUAGAUCUACAUGUUCUGAUGACAUCUGUUGCAGUUCUAUGCUCAUACAUGGACACGCUUAUGUUGUUUGUAAUGCACAGACUUGGCGUGUUGAUGCAGACCUCAUGUUAAACAUUUGUACAUCAAGUGAAUCCUCUGCUUUAUUGAGCUGCACAUGCUGACUAGGUAAAUACUGGGCCUCCAUUCAGAAGUCUUUCUGUUAGUUCCCAGUGUUUUUUGAUAAACAGUCUAUCCGCUCUUUAGGGGAGCAGCACAGCCUGUCUGUCUCCCUUAGUGUGUGGUUACACACAAGCAAGCGCACCACAAAGGUGGUAAUAGCAGAGACAGAGUCCCAAUCUGUGUCAAACAUACGCUGCAAGCUUUCUUAUUUUGAAACAAAUUCAAGUUUAAAUCUAGAUGAGAUUGUGUGAUUCAGAAUCAUUUGAUGGUUUAAAAUGAUUCAAAGAGAAGUCAUGCUGUUAGUUUGCUGACCGACGAGUACAUCAUUAGAAAUAGUAAGGUGUUCUUUUUAAGACUGACCCCAAAGUAAUCACAUACAAAUUCUCUGCAUGUCCCAUGAUGACCAACACACUCUUGUCAUCAGAAUUACUCCAUAUUUUUAAUAAAUUCUCAUUUAACCCUGAUGUGAACAUGUACAGUAUUUGAAGAAGCUGUUUUAGACUAUUUCUCAACUUCAGUUCUUUUAUAUGUUGUCCUUGUUUUCCAGAAAUCUACAAAACACAACAAACCUAAGCCUUAAACAUUGGCCUUUCCCCCCAGAGUAUAGAUUUGGUCUGAUGUGAGCUGAUAGGCUUUGAAAUUGACUGAUCUGUGUCGCCAAUGAAGAACAAUCAUAAAAUCUGUAUGCCAUGACUUAAUUAGGCUCUUCUUCACUUCGUUAUUUUAUAUCACUGUCUAUCUGUUUUAAUCUAAAUCAUUUUCUGGAGCUCAAAUCUUCAGUAAAUGAGGGAAGAGGAGAGAAAUUACUCAAAAUGAACAAGUUCAAAGAUAACUCAAGUCUAAUGGGAGCAAACGAUGAAGAGUGGAGAUAUAAAGCCGAGAGAAAAACACAGUCUAGGUUACAGAGGUGUUGUUUGACUGUUUACUGAACGUUGAAUGAUUGAGACGUACAAACUUAAAGUUCUUCCCCACCAUAAUUAAACUAAAUUAAUGAACUACCAUCCUAAACUCUAAAUAUUCACACAGAAUUUGCUUUAACUCGUAAGUAUGAUAAAUCUUUUUCAGACAGCUCAGUGUGAUGAAUGUUUCCUCUCUCUACCUAGGUACUCUGUCCUUUCCUGCCUUGGAUCAAUAACAGAGAGAAGGAGAUGAAGAUAUCCACUCUCCACUCGUCAUCAGCCUCCACCUUAACGCUCUCAGAAAGAAACUGAAGGACGUGAAGGGUCCUCUGGCUUUCAGCAAAGAGAGUGAGAGAAGAAGAAAGCACCCACAGCUUGAAGCCACUCCUCUCCGAGCAGAGAGGAAAUGGCUUUCUUGGACAAUCCAGCCAUUAUUCUGGCCCACAUCAGACAGUCUCAUGUGACCAGUGACGACACAGGGAUGUGUGAGAUGGUCCUGAUUGACCAGGAUGUGGAUCUGGAGAAGUGCCAGCUGGCUCUGGUGCCCGGCAGCAGCUGUGGGUCGACUGGUUCUGGUUCUCUGAGUGAGGGGGGGACCAGUGUGACGGACAAUCAUGCCUGUGACCUCUCCCAGUCCAUGGACAUCACCUCCAGCUGGGACUUUGGCAUCCGGCGACGCUCAAACACAGGUAAACAUCAUCAUGGUUAGGCGCUAACAUGCUAGCAGGGCUGUUAGUGAGCCUGUUCUGUUUGGAGGGUUUGUCUAACCUGGGCCCUUGGUUUAGUUCAACUCAAUCCAAAUUGUGUUAUGAUAAAGGUUGUUGUUGCUAAAGCAACAGCGUGGGGUUAGAUUGCAGUUCACUGUGUGCAUUUUACUAAUCCUUAUUUGGUGAGUAACCCAGAUCAGAUUAACAUGGGCUCAAAUCUUUAUUCUGCCUCUUAAAUCGAGCAGUCAGUGUUAGAUUGUUUCCUUUAUGGCAUCAGAUUCACAUUUGUCACUUGAACCAACUCGGCAUUAAACAAAGGUGAGGAAGUAUAACCUCAGUUCAAGAGGAACUGAGACAGUGUUGAUUUAAAAACAGAUUUUGAUGGUUUCUGAAAUGAUUCAAAGCUCAGAUUUAAUUAAACAUAGUGCAGUGACAACAUAUCAAAUUUAAAUGAAAUUUGACGUCAGCAAAGAGUUUUUAGAGGAACAAUCAAAGACGUCAAAAGUUGUGUUAUGCAAAAAAAAAUUGCUGGAGGAACAUCUACAAGUAAUGAGGUUAAUCUCCAGCAGGUUAGUAAAAUGACUGAGCAUAAAAAGGACAUUCAGAGAGGCUGAGUCUCUGGGAAGAGGUUCACCACUCUGUGAGAGACUGUGUGAGCUGAUAGGUCAACAGUUUUAGAAAAAUGUUCCUGAGAGUCAAAUGUGAAAGAAUGAGUGGAUUUCAUCAUCUACUGAACAAAAUAUCACUAGAUUCAGAGAAUCUGGAGAAAUCUUUGUAACUAAAGGGACAAGGACCAAAAUCUAGACUGGAUGGUCCUGAACUUCAGGCCCUAGGGCAGCGCUGUAUUAAAAACAGACAAGACUCUGUAGUAGAAAUCCCUGCAUGGACAGUUCAUCACUGCAUCCACAGAUGAGGUUAAAACUGAACCAUGCAAAGAGGAGACCAGAUAGAAACAUGAUCCAGAAACACCAGAGACUUUUCUGGACCAAAAUCAUGGACACUGUAUCCUCCACUCUAUUGAGGAGAGGGACCAUCAGGCCUGUAAUCGGCUCUCAGUUCAAAGCUGGUCUCCCUGAUGGUAUCGGGUAGCUGACACACCUGUGAAGGCUGCAUCAGUGCUGAACAAAGCAAACAUUUACAGAGCACUGCUCAAAGAAGAGCUGAUGCAAUAUGAUAAUAAGGAUGCCUCUGUACCAACUCCUCUGAAAUGUGUGGCAUCAGAUUUAAAAUGAGUCAACACUUUUCAUAGAACAAUUUUUUUUUCUGUUUCAAGUUUUGAUGUGUUGUCUUUGCACAGUUUUCAUUUACAUACAAGCUUUAAAUGAUUUACGAACUAUCUUGAAUGUUGAUACAAAGCUUCCUAUCUGGGAGUGAAGACAAACAAUCUAAAUUUAUAUUUUCUCUGGCUGUGACUUUUACCAUCUUAUCAGUAAUCUUCAUGUGACUGUUUCGAAUCUCAGCAGCACUUUGAACAUUUUUAGCUGCCUGAAUAGGUUGUGAGCUUUAAUCAGGGAGGUACCAUGUUUGGUUUAAAGAUGGAAGUCCUGCAUUUUGUUAAAAUAUUUUGUUUGCUUUGCAUUUUUACAAACAUCGUAUUUUAGGGUCUUUUUUUGACCACCUGAUUGUUUUUGUGCAAGCAGAUCAAAUCUGGAGGUUUAGGGUCCUAAUCAACAUGAAAUCAUUAAACUAGUGUUCUGUUUUAAGUUUGAGAUGUGGGUGUUUGAUAUGUGCCUGAGGGAGUUUGAAACAAAUGAAAGAAAAUCUCGUAUUUUGCGUCGAAGUUCGAAGGUAAAUGUGGUUUUGGGGACAGAGGGGGUCCAAAGGUAGACUGGAUGUCUCCUUUUGGCUCCCUUUAGUUUGUUUGCUCUGAGUUUGGUGAAGUGCUGGUCCUGGUCCUGGUUUUGGGUUGUGGGUAGAUUUCAGACUUGAGCACUGACCUGUGGUGGCUGUUUUCGAGCAGGACGCCAACAAGACAGCCGAGAGAAACCCGGGGCCGCUGGUAAGACAUGAGGAUGGACGGCAUGUGUUUUCUGAUGUUGUGUGUGUCUCUACAGGGCGGCUGCAGACAGUCCGGUCAUCACAUGUCAAAGUCUUUGUGUUCUUUCCUCUCUUUAUUUUUUGUUUUUGUUCUAAAUAUAACAAUGAUUUUCUGUUUCUCCAGGUAUCUUUUUGGAGGUUAUUUGAUGUUUUUCUGUGGCAGAAAUUCAAACUUUGUUCUCUCUUUGCAGCCCAAAGACUUGAAAGGUUAAGGAAGGAACGACAGAACCAAAUCAAAUGUAAAAACAUUCAGUGGAAAGAGAGGUCGUCCUCCCAGUCAGGUACAGCUGUAACUGUUUUUUAACUUGUAUAGAAAUGAACAUAACAGUGCUGCUGUGAUUGUCGUUUUUAGGCCAUGUCAAACUGAGAUGACAACUUAAAUGCAAGUGACUUCACUUAAAUAAAGUGAUGAGUAAAAGUUAAACUAAGGAAGAAAAUUGUGCAGUUCAGUAGUUUUACCACAGUCACAGUCAAAUCAUGCACAAAUAGAUUAUUCUGCAUGAUUCAACUGAUGAAUUGUUUGCCUGAUUUUAAUUUUAAUCACAUUGUGUUUAUGAAAUCCAACUCUUCUGCUUGUGUGGAUUUUUUGGAGGUCAGAGGCAUCGAAAUCAUGCAGGAAAGGUUCUUGGUUGAAACACAGAGAGUUUUAUCCUGAUUAAAACCUAAACUUUAUCCGAUCAGAUUUAAGGAUGUAAACAAAACUUCACACAAUUGAUCAAAUCUAAUUGUUGACGUCUGAUCACAUGACCUCUGAACCUCUGGUACCAGAACAGAAAAGUCAUCACAUGCACAUUAAGAAGGAGAUGUUUUGUUUUUAUUUUUUUUUCUCUUAUUUAACAUGGAUGUUAAAUCUCCUUCCAAAGUUUUGAUUUAUUCCUGUAGUACAUAAGGGAAGUACUUUUCAAAAUAACAUUUCCAUGUUUUUUGUGCGUGCAGUGGAGGAUCUGGGGUUACUGUUUGAAAAACGGGACUUAAAGGACAGGCCUCGGACUUCAGGUACCAAAUCCACCCUCUCACUGCGGCUGGAGCAGUGUCCCCAGCAGCUCAACAACCCCUUCAAUGAAUACUCCAAAUUUGACGGAAAGGUGAGAUUUUACACUUUUUUUAUCGUUCAUACUGGAUAGUAGCAGAGACUGGAAAAUAAAUAAAUCCCUCUUUUCAAUCCUGAGCUCUAUUUUUACAUACUUUGGGAUCAAACUGUAUCCCAAACUGUACGCUCCUAAACUCUUGUUUUCAUCACUGACAGGCUCAGAUUGUUACUUUGAUGCUGUGUUUCCAGCUGUUCGACACACUCGUUUGUGUUACUACUGUCAAAAGUUGCAGGAAGUACCAAACUAUCAGUCCACCUCAUGGUUCUUCUUUUUUUGGCACCUCUUACUUGAGGUACUAAGCCUACCAAUCUAACCAUAAAGAGUGGAGCUAGAUCCACUGCACUUCCUGUGUUAAAGUGGUAAUAAUUGCAGCCUGCAGCCCUCUCUCAAGCAGAAAUUGUCUUCCUCUCGGGAUAAAAAGCCACAUCCCAAAAUGUCGGAUGUUUUUUUGUUCAGAGGUGCAAGGAUUUGUAAUUUCUGCUUUAAGGGAUUAUGUUCUUUAUCAUCCUGUCCACUCUUCUCAGGGCCACAUCGGCACAACGGCUACAAAGAAGAUCGACGUCUACCUCUCCAUGCAGAUAGCUCAGGAGAAAAUUCAUCCCAUGACUGUGGUGACCAUCGCCAACGCCCGUGUCCAUGACCUCAUCGGACUCAUCUGCUGGCAGUUCACGAGCGAGGGGCGAGAACCCAAACUCAAGUCAGUGCAUGCACAAUUCAACAUAAUUCAGAUACCAUGUGAUAGUCCGUGUAACAGGCUUCUACCCCCACACAGUGAGAAUGUGAACGCGUACUGCCUACACAUCGCAGAGGACGACGGUGAGGUCGACACCGAUUUUCCUCCUCUGGACUCCAACGAGCCGAUCCACAAGUUUGGUUUCAGCACGCUGGCUCUAGUGGAGAAAUACUCGUCACCGGGUCUCGCCUCCAGACAGUCGCUGUUUGUCAGAAUGUGAGUUGAGAAAUAAAGAUAUUCCCUGAAUGAAUAUCUGAAAGUCCCGACCGUCCUGAUGGUGUCAAGGUUUUUGAUAACACGCAGCAUAAUUCUUCAAACAUGCACCACUGUGUGUUUUUAUCCUGAAACGUUCCUGUAGUAAAUAAGAUGAGAAGAACUUUAUUUAUCACUUGGAGGAAAUUCAGUUGUUUUCUGAAAAAUGACAAAUGCAGGAUGAGCAACAUCUCAUCAGACUAAAAUGACAGUUUUUUUUCUUAACUCACAUGCUGUUUUAUCACUUUCGACAUACUGAAGUAAAGUCGCUGCAGUGUCUUCCUGCUUCUUGCUGCCACUGUGUUGUACAAUAAUAACCCGACUGCUCUUUUAAUGUUCAUGUUUAACUCACUAAAACUGUCAGACUGCUCAGCCAACGAGUACAUUUCAUGAUGUUCAUUCGAUUCACAGAUUUAAGGCACAGCCAAUAAUAGAUUUACAUUGUUAUCAUAGACUUAAAACUGUGUUCAAAUGAUGGAAAUUUAGACACGUCGUUUAAUGUUGUGAUUGAUAAUUAGGAAUGGAUCAUUAGGUAGCCCCAAAUAUGUUAAUGAGAACUGGAUUAUACUCAAAAACAAAAAAAGCAUACCUUGUCUAUAUUCCCCUUUUAUUUGGAAAAGAUCGGUAUUUCAGCUAUUUUGUCGUACUUUGUUUGCAUUCAGACUUUGUAAUACUGCUAUGAAGGGGAAAAAACAGCGACUUAUUGAGGUUUUGCAGAUCAUUUUUCUGAUGAUGUCAGUAAAGUCCAAAUGGUAAUGCUGAGAGUAAGCUUUGAAUUAACAAUGUCUGAUUUGAAACUUUGGUUUUAUUUCAAUGAGAAAAAACUCAGUAUUAAUAGUUCAAACUAGUUUUUAAAGUUAAACAAUGAAAAUGACGAGAAAAAAAUGACUUUAGAGCGGAUGGAAAUCCUUUUCUUUCCCUCUAAAUCUGAACAAGCUGCACAAACAGGAUCAUGCAGAGAUGUCAGAGUUAGACAGCUCUACAUUGAUAAGAAUCCUGUGCCGUUUGGUGCUUAGCAAGCAUCUCUCUUUGCAGAAACUAUCCAGCAUCUAGUCCAAACUGCAGGACUGUGGUCCAUAUCGGGAUUUGAACCAGUGACCCUUUGGUUGCUGAGCAAAGUCUCUAAGGACUGAGCCAUUGCUGCUGAGUGCCCUAACCAGUAUUAACAAAUAAUAAACCAAAAAAUGUAGCUCCAAAUGUAGCUCCUGGUAUGGGUUUGGGGUUCAGUGGGGGCGUGUUUACCUCAUUAUGUGUCAGUUUGGUCGAUAAAGACGCAGAGACAAGUUUAACCCUUUCCUCUUUCCUGUCCCCGUCAGAAAUGCUGCUCAUGGUUUCUCUCUGAUCCCUGUGGACAGUCUGAAAGUAACCAUGAAGGAAAUCCUCCAGAAAGCUCUGAAGAAGAGGAAAGGCUCACAGAAAGGCUCAGGUAAUCAUACAGGUAUCAUUUAACCGUCUCUUUUUGCUGAAAAGCAUUAUAUUUUAUCCUCUUAUUGACUAUUUCCUCCUGACUGUAUUUUGGUUCUCAGUCUGUGAACUUCAAAUAAAACCGGAGUUUAUUAUAACACCUCAGUCUGAAACGUCAGAUUAAAAGCUUCCUGUCUCUGAAUAUUUUUAUCUGAAGCUGAGAAUAGCUCCCGAUUCUCAUCCUUCUGUCUCUUGAGGAGGAUCCACGUGUUAAAGAUGGGAAUAUUAUUGCACACAGUCUGUUGUAGACUGAUCUACACCCUCACUCACUCACACAUACACACAUACACAGAUGGUCAGGAGAGGCCUGUUACCUCAUUUACAUUUAGAUGAGUAUUGAUCACAUCCUGUCUGAGCUCAGAGUCACAUUCACUGCCUUCUUGCUCACAUUCAUUUAACCUUUUUUUUUUCACGAGGAUGAUCUGACAUUAGUGCUUGAAUCGCAGCAUUUUAAGUCUCAAACUGAAUGAUGUAUUUUUUUGUUUGUUUUGGGAAUUGAUCGUCUUUGCAGACUCGGUAAUGUCUUGGAUGGACACUCAGUACCUCCCUUUAAAACAGCAGUAUGUGGCUUGUGAGAAUAUGACUUAAAGCUCCUGUGAGGAUUUUUUGUUUUUUUGACAUUUAUGAAAUAGAGAUGUAGAUUUUUAUUUACUAAUGCCUGUUUAUGAUGUACAAGAGAAGAGCAGGCCGUACAAAUUAUAUACUGUAACGUGUGCAAUGCUGUAACACUGAGCGUCAAGUGUGAGAGGAGCUGCUGAAGAAAAAAAGUAUUUUUCACUUUAAAUCUGAACAAAAAGUGAUGCAGUUGACCGUCAAAAACAAAAUGUAUUUAUGAAGCUUUAUUACAGUCUUUAUAAGUGAUUUUAAGCAUUCAUAAUAACUUGAGUGAUUAUGAAGUGUUACAGGAAAUGCUGUGUGAGGGUGGGAUUUUUAAUGCAACACUUAGACCGGAGUGUUUUGAACUCUGGGUUUUAUGACACAUCAUAACUUUAUCCAGUAAUGAAAUGAUAGAGAACUCACUCAGUUUAUUAUAGGAAGUUAACGUUUCUAUAUCUUUAUGAUUCAGGUACAGCAUGCUAGAGCAUGACUUUGGGCCCUUUAAGUAAAGUGAAAUUUUAACUAUAAUAGGAAAUCAAGACUGCGUUCUUGUAACAGUGGUGCUGAUUGGAUGAAACACUGAAUAUGGAAAAUAAAUAUCCAUCAAUCAAACUUUAUCUAUAUAGAAAAAUAUCACUCAUAACUUUGUAUAUUUGCAGAGUAGCUGUAAAUUUAUGGUCUGAAAAUUUAAAAUCAUGUUUCAUUUUAAUUGUUAUCAUACAACAAAAUAAGCAGAGAAACAGUAAGACAGGCUGCAAACAAACAACUCUUAGCUGUUCGGUGUGGUUGUUAAUUCAAUAAAAAAAAACAGAAUUGAAAGAAAAAGGGGGAAAAACGAACUAUAACAAGAAAAUCUGAUUUUUGUGUCUGUCUUUUUGCUUUUUCAUUUCUCAACAGGUCCGAUGUAUCGUCUGGAAAAACAGAUGGAGCCAAACGUUGCUGUGGACUUGGACUCAACGCUCGAGACUCAGAGCACUCUGGAGUUUUGUCUGGUCAGAGAAAACAGUAAGUGAAAGCAGGGAUCAGCGGCACUGUAAGCCCUGAUCAGUCCAAACAGUUUAAUCUGAGCUCAGAAUCAAACACAGCAGUCAGAAUAAAAACACAACUGAGCAGGAAAUACACACUAUCACACAAAAUAGAGAACACAGCAGUCAGAAUAAAAACACAACUGAGCAGGAAAUACACACUAUCACACAAAAUAGAGAACACAGCAGUCAGAGAGCACUCCAGUGAAGGUUGACUGUUUUUGAGACAGUAGUGAGUAAACAAGCAAGUAAGCGAAGUUUAUUACACUUUAUUCUACAAUCACCAAGAAAGCACCUCCUAAUCACUGUUCUCGAAGCAAACUUGGUUUCAUUUCUGUCUCAGUUUUAAGAAAAAAAACCUGUAUCUUACCCGCACACUGACACCAUCAGUUUGUCCUCCUUGAAUACACCUUUGCUGGGCUGUUCUUGGCUGAAACCUCUUGAUGUCUUUUUGAUCAAUCCUCUCUCUGCUCGUCAGGCUCCAGAGGUGAGGAGAGCUCAGAAGAAGACCCUCCCAUCGACAUCACCACAGUGCAGGACAUGCUGAGCAGUCACCACUACAAGUCCUUUAAGAUCAGUAUGAUCCACAAGCUGCGCUUCACCACAGACGUCCAGCUAGGUACGCACUGAUACCUGAAAAACUCUGAGGUGUUCACGUCCUUUACAGCCACAGAUCACACAUGUACUCAUCUGCAGGGAACCUUUUUACGUUAUAGAGCUGUUGUGUUGUUUACAUGAUGUCAUUAGCAGAUUGACCACACCAACGUGAUGACAGGUCUUUACUGCCUUCUGCAUAAUCACAGUACAAAGAGACAGAACUGUGUUUCCUAUGAGGCCGGUCCUGUAAAGCAGGAUUUAUGGUCAGGGUUAACCUCCAGUUGUCAGAACUAUGAAGGGGGUUCACUUCUCGCUGGAUUAGAUCACUGAUGUAACUGAUGCUAAACACCUGACCGGAUCAGAAGUGAUCUUACUCUUGUUUUAAGGUCCACAUUGUCAAUUUAGACCUCAAAACAAGUUCUGACAUGUUUCAGCAGCAUGCGUUAUACAGGGUGUAAAUGGUGUGUGCUGUCUUUGGAUGCAAAAUGCCUCAUCCAACUCGCACUGUGUGAACAACCCAGCAGGGGGAGCCACAGCCAGGCUCAGAUGCUCAUGAUGGAGGAUACUGAGCAGGUCAAACGUGAUUCAUAAACUGUCCAAUGAAAACAAGCGAAUGAAACCUCCUUGUUUAGUAUUUGAAAUGUGUGAAUUUUCUCUGUGCAGGCAUUUCAGGAGAGAAAGUGGAAAUUGACCCUGUCACCAAUCAGAAGGCCAGCACCAAGUUCUGGAUCCGACAGAAACCGAUCUCUAUCGACUCAGACCACCUCUGUGCCUGUGACCUCGUAGAGGAGAGGAGUCCCAGUGAGUGAACCACAUAAAUACGCAUUCUCACACACAAAGACACACUUAACACACCUGCACACCAACAUCUGCACAAGAUAUUCACAGAGAGAGAGCCGGCAAAUCUACUUUUCCCUAUACAAACCCCACUUUGUCAACAUUUUGCUCACACAGUUGUUGACAAAGUUGUGAACCUGGCCUCAUCCUUGCUUGUGAAUGACUGAGCCUUUCAGGGAUGCUCCUUUUAUACCCGAUCAUGACUCUCACCUGUUAUCCAAACAGGUGUUUCUGAGCAAUCCUCAGUUUUACUGUCUUUUGUUGCCCCUGUCUAAACUUUUUAGGAAUGUGUUGUGACAUCAACGAGUCAAAUGAGUGAAUAUUUGCAAAAACGAUCAAGUUUAUCAGUUUGAUCAUUAUAUAUCUUGUCCCUGUGGUGAUUUUAAUUGAAUAUAGGUGGAAAGUGGUUUGGAAAUCAUGGUAUUCUCUUUUUAUUUACCUUUCACACAUCAUCCAAACUUGUAAUUUGGGUUUGUGAAAGCAUGUUUUCACAGAUCUGCCCUGCUUAUUCAAACAGCAUAGAGGAGACUGGUGUAACUUCAAUGCACAAGGAGCAACAGACACUGAACUGAGGCGUGAGGAGAGCAUCACAUCUGUCCCACUUAAGUUUGUCUCAUCUGUCUUUCAGGUCAUGCGAUUUUUAAAGUCACUUAUCUCAGUAACCAUGACUACAAGCCUCUCUACUUUGAGUCUGAUGCUGCUACGGUCAAUGAAAUAGUGCUAAAGGUGAGUCUUUGUUUUUGUCUUUCAUUUGAGGAUACAUUUCCUGGACUAUUUCUUUUCGAUCAGUGCUCCAGUCCGAGAGUUCUCUCGCCUUUGGACUGGCUGAAUCUUAAAUUUCAGUUUUAAAGGCUGGGAAAUGAGUCUUUUGGGGGCAUUAGGAUUUAAAGCAGAUGGAGUUUCAGGGGAGUUUGACAGCCCUUGUGGACAAAGCAGUUGCAUAUAGUCACAUUUAGCACUCUGGAAAUCUAGAGUUGGUCAUUUCUCAAAGUCUGUGUCUAAUUAUGUUCUACUCUAAUGGGACCAAAGUGCGCUGAACUCCUGAUCUUGGAUCGAAAAAAAAAAAAACUAAAUCCAGAUAAGUCAGAUCCAGAUUAAAGUUUCAAAACAACCAACCCAGGACAAGGCAGAGACUGAAUCACAGUAUAGGCUGUUAUGUGGAGCAAAGUUAUGAUCUUAAAAUCUCAGUUUACAGUUUAAGACCAGAUUACCUUAAAGAGAACUGAAUAUGAAAAAUCGUUAAAAUGUAUUUGUGAGAUCAGCAGAUCAGAGCAUGUUUGACAUUCUGUUAUCAAUGUGUUUGAAAAAAAAAAAAAACACGGUAAAGAAGAGAAUGAAUCUUUUCCCCUCAGGUGAACUACAUCCUGGAGUCUCGUGCCAGCACCUCUCGGGCCGAUUACUUUGCCCAGAAACAGAGAAAACUGAGCCGCCGGACCAGCUUCAGUUUCCAGAAAGACAAGAAGACGGGUCAGUAGACGGACCGAAGCUGCUCAGACACCUGUCUGUCUGUCUGUCUGUCUGUCUGUCUGUUUGUGCACAGACAGACGUGCAAAGAGGCCUGACAGUCCCCUCCCCACAGACAGCGUCAGGCUGACGGGGGGGAGACUGACGUUGAGUCAGAGUCAGAGUAGCUGAGAGGAAAUGCCUGAGAAAUCCUCUCAAACUCAUCCAGGAAGAGUCUGGGGGCUGAAACGUUCCUCAUCCUUUUUCUGAGAGAGAAAAAGACUCUGAAGAAAAGUGGGACAGAUUUAAAGCUGCCUGUCAUCUCUCCUUCAUUCACUGCCUCCAUCUUCAGAUGGAUUCAUUCAGCUUCUUAUAGUCCAACAUCCAAUCAAAGCCACAGGCUAAUAUCUCUGCUUCUGUCCUCCAUCUUUAACAGAUUUAACACAAACUGUCACAUUUUUAAUGUCUGUACAUAAAGAUUUUACAUUCAGGAAAUUAAAUAAUGAUGAUAAAAAAAAAUACAAGUCUGGAUUUUUUAUGUUUAUUUUUUCUUUUUCUACAAAUGAAAAAUCCUAAAAAAUAACCUCCAAUUUCUAAUCGAGGGACAACCCACUCUACCACUGAGCCACGGGGGCCCAAAAUAUUUCAUGUGCAGUGAUACAGCAAUCCUGGCUGCAUCCUUGUUUUAACAAGCUGUCACACUGCCACCUGGUGGCCUGUUGUAGUACGAACCAACUAUUUGGGUUUGAAUCUGUAGUAACAUGGUCUUAACACGUAAACCUCUGCUCAACAACAAUAAAAAGAUGAAAUUUGAUUUACUCUUGAUUCUUCAGGUAUCCUGUGCAUCCAAGAUAACUGUCUUGUGUGCACGCUAUUAUCCUGUGCUCUCAAAACAAUUAUUUUGUUCAUGCAGGUUUUUUUAUGCACACAAAUUAAGUAUCUUAUUUGCAAAAUUUAUAAUCUUAUUCUAACAAAAUAUACUGCUUGCAUGAGUUGUUAUCUUGUGUUCAUAUGACUUAUAAACUUGUGCACAGGAGAUAAAAAUGGCAAGUUUAGUGAAAGCAGUUUUUAAUUUUGUACUCUUCAGUCCAUGUGGUCGUCUGUGUCUGAGAUUAUAAAAAAGAACAUUGAAUGCACCGA